AUGGACAGGAGUCAGCUGGAUGUUGUUGAUGUGCUAGAAGGUCAGGUUCACACCAUCUCCCUCCCCAUCCAUCUCAAAGCUGUGUUCCUGGUGGCUGAAGACCGCUGGCUUCUUGUUGAGAGCAAGACUGACAGGAAGUUCCUGUUGACAAAGCCCAUGCACAUGGGCACAGAGGACACGGGAGUGUGCCAGCUGCAUGCCAUCAGUGAAGACAUGGUUAACACCAGCUUUGGCACCAGCUCAGGGAUGGAAGCUACAGCUCCUCAGGAGGUAUCGAAUGAGCAGCUGCCCAGUGAGAACCUCAGCACUGCCCUGGGCCAGAAGAUUGUUUCUCCAAACCGCAUCCUCUGUGACACUAACACCUAUGCUAAUGUUAUUGUGGGCUUCUCAGAUCUCAUGUCCCCAAAUGAAGCUUUAUGUACAACUUUAAGAGAUCUUCGCACAUUACAGAGGGUCGGGGACCUGAUAUGUUUUUUGGGUCAAGUAAGUGAACCGGGCCAGCAAAGAGGGUCAACUGUGUCUGUGUUAGGUGCCAAUCAAGUGGUCCGAGCACUGCCCCCUACACAAGUCCCACUGACUGAGAUCUACCCCUCUGACACAUUCAUAUAUAUCACACCACCCAUGACUGCUGCUUACCUUGAAGUGACAGACCUGAACUCUAAGAAGCUCAAAUGCAUUCCAGUCCCGAGGAGCAGCUCCAUGUCUCCCUACACUGUGUGGAUCUCAAAGGUCUCAGACACAGAUGUAGUGAUGGCUCCUCUGGGCUCUGGUGGAGUGGUGACUGUGGACAUCAGAUUAUGGGAAACAGACCUUGACAACCUGCAGCGCUCUCUGCUGGAGUGGAGGAACAUGAUCGGAUCAGAAGAUGGCAGGCCAAUCCAGGAGGCAGAGAUACAGCGGGUCUUGGAGGGAAGAGAGGCCCUUACCGUCUGGAUGCUGGACACAAAGUUUACCAGAUCUCUCAGGCGGAGAAAGACACUGUGCCCGAUGAGGGGAAGAGAGCAGCACGGGAGAUGGCCGAGAAGGCUUUUAAGCAGAGGCUAAAGGGAAGGAGAGGCACU